ACAUCAUGAGACAAAAUAAAAGGCCAUGGCCUUUUAAUAUGGAUUUUACAGAAUUGCCUCUGAGGUGGCCUUCUAUUUAGGGUGCCCUUCUAAUAUAGGGUGGCCUUCUAUUUUGGGGGGGGGUUUAUUCAAUAAUGAAGAAAUAUUGAUAUUUACCCGUCAACUUACACAGUUACUCAAUAAAUUGAAUUAUUCGAAAUUACUACAUGAACAAUGGAUUUAUUAUUAUAAUCUUGGCAUGACAGAGGAUAUUUGGACUGGACAAGUAUCGCCAAAAAUGGCUGUAGUUCAUGCGAUGUAUUAUACAUAUGGUCGACGAAAAACAUUGAUGGCAACAUCGCAAGUAUUUUCAAGAACAAAUUGA